AUGACACCUUCAAGCACAGAAAGAGAAGUCAUAUCGAGAGCAAUAGAAUUGCCAAUCGUGGUGCUCAAACGGGGGCCUUUUUUGUCCUCAAUAGCAAUCAGGUCCGCGUUGGAGUACAACGACUGUGAACAAAAGCUAGCCCAGAGAAAAGAGGUGCAAAAAACUGUCGAGUUAUGCUCUAAAGAAUGCAGUUUAAGCAAGGGACAACGAGUAACAUAA